UUUUAUUUUUUCUUUUAUUGAAACGUACAACUGAAGAAGAUAUCUCCUUUCCCUUUAUUAACCCACCUGGCUUCUUCUAUCCUUCAAUAUUUUUCAAAAUUACACAUUAGAUAACCGGUUUUUUUUUCUUGAUUUACUGAAAACAGCUGUUGUCGAAUGAAUACUUCACUUCCGCAGAUCAGCAAAUUACGGAACAAUCUUAACUUUGCUUCCACCGCCCAAUUUCUACAUACUUUUCAAUCGGCAUUUCGCCCUUGGCCAGCCUCCGUGCAAGAUGUACUGUAUGCGCGUCAGUCACAUACAUCAAUACAUUCGAAUAGUCAUAAAGACGAAUACGUCUUUGAAACAGAGGACCUUGAGCGUAUGAUGUUAGACACUGCAGAGAGAGUACGCUUUGAAGAUUUACUGAUCCGAAUGUUACGUGUGCUAACACGUAAUAGAUUCAUAAACGUGCAAAACUGGCAAACGUACUUUUCGAAAGAGUUUGAUAAACGAGAAUUCGAUCAGACCAACCCUUUCCUACCAACAACUUCCGGCAAUGAUACAACACAGCAGCAGCAAGAAGAAACGGAAGAGAAGACGGAUGAAGUAAAAGAGGAACCCGUGGAGAACACUGAUAAAGAAAAUCUUUCAACUGCAUCCACUCGUAACGUAAAACCAGAACUGAUCAACUAUUUUACCUUACCUUUGGAUACCAAAGUUUAUUUGCUAUAUAUGCUUUGUGAGUGGCAAUUAGAUGAUCCCGAAAGGUUUAGAGAACAUCUAGAAUCAGAGGACGAUGCUGCUCAAUGGAGGGUAGAUCCUAUUGGCUUUGAUAAAAAAGGUAGCACAUUUUGGUUAUUCGAUGACAACCGAUUAUACAAAGAAACACCGAAACCAAAGAAAAAGCCAGCAGCAAAGAAAUCAACAGCCAACAGUAGAAAAAGAAAGCGUUUAACACCUGUGCGUAGAAGCUCUCGUAGAAGUACAGCUGGCAAUACAGCUGAGGAAGAAGAUGAGAGUGAGGAUGAAGGUGAAUGGGUGCCUUGGAAGCUGGUUUGCUCUUCUAAGCUAGAAUGGGAACAAUUUCCAGCAAAAUAUGAGCACAGCAAAAAUGUCGAUGAACAGAGAUUUUAUCAACUCUUAGUGGAUGAUCUUUUACCAAAAGUAUUACCCGUCAUUGAGGAGCAUGAAAAAGAAUUGAGGAAGCAAGAAGCACUACUCAACCGUAAACGCAGUUCACGUAUUAUGAUCAAAGAGUUGGAGGCAUUAGAGCGUGCUGCUUCAGCCGAAUUGGAAGACAAGGCCAUAGCAGCAACCGCAAGUGCUCAUGGCCAUCGUCGUAGUGGUCGAACAUCGAACCGUAUCGAACAGAAAGCUAAAGAAAAGGAGGAAAAAGAGAAGGAAAUGCUUGCUAAUGCAAGAGAACAGCGUUUAUUAGAACGUGAGAGACGCAUUCAAGAACGUGAAUAUAGAGCAUUACAACGUGAGAAGCGUCAACAACAGCAAGAAGAAAAUGAUAGUCAGCAAGAAGGGCAAGAUACUGCCGGAGGCACAACUAUUGUUGAGCAGCAACAACCACAGCAUAAGGUGGCGAACGAUGUCAAUAAUGAUGCCAAAACGCCAACUACAACUGAGAUGAAAGGGAAAAAGACAAAGCAAACCACCGCUCAGGAAGGAAAGGAUCAGAAACCUAAACGUAAAUAUGUUCGAAAGCUGGACGAAAAUGGCAAUCCUAUUCCAAGAAAGCCAAGGUUGGAUAAAGAUGGUAAUCCUAUCCCACCAAAGAAAAGAGGUAGGAAGCCAAAAAACAGAAAUCCUGACGACGAAAGUUGGAUGUUCGCUUGUGUAUGCGGUGUCUCUGGACAGAACUUGGAUGAUGGAAAACCUAUGGUUGCAUGCGAGAAAUGUGGAGUCUGGCAACAUAUCAAGUGCUUACAGAAAUCAGGAUAUGUAGACAAGUCAAAGAGUUUGGAUAAUAUUAGCUUUAUCUGUUCGAGUUGUGAGAGAAAAGAGCAGGAAGUGGAAGUGGACAUCGGUGAUGAGCAGCAAUCAUAUAGUCACAAGAGACAAAGAAUGAACUAUUAUGAUGCUGGUUACCCUGUAUCCAAUGCAGUGCCCACGAUGGCAACAGGUUAUUACCGUUCACAGUUACCUCGACAACAACAACAACAACAACAACAAAAAACUUCAAUUGAUUCCAUGCAGAUGACCUGGCGCCCCCAGCCACAGCAUCAAAUAUCGUCGUCUUCAGUUCGAAUUUACCCUUCUGCGCCUAUAAACUCUUCAACGGAAUCACAACAUCAGGGAUCGUACUACUCAUCUAAUAAUUCACCUUCUAUAAGAUCUACCCAGCAGCAACCGCACGCUUAUUCCUACACUGAUAAUGUAGCCUCUACUGCCACUAAAGACUAUUACAAUGGUACUGCUAAUCUAUCACAGCAGACUUCGCCACAGCCUUAUGUUCAUCAAUCGUACCAGCAGCAGCAGCAGCAGCAACAUCAUCAUAAUAACUCUUUACCUUCCAGACAAUUUGUACCUUAUCAAAUCUCUCAGUCUCAAACUCAGCAAACAUAUCCACAGCGACAACAGCCACAGUCUCAUUUUUCUAAUGCCUCAAAUCCUGCUCAACCUUCAUUGAGCAAUCCACUUUACCACCCUAUACGUCCUCAGCCACCACCUGCACCAGCAAAUAACAAUAAACUACCCGUGCAAAGCAGCUCUUCAUUGGUUUCUUCUGGGCAAACAAAUUAUAGUUUCCAUCCUCCAUCAACUGUCACUACCACUGCAUCGCCACCGAAGCUUCCUACACCUUCCUCUUCUCUACCUUCCCAGCAGCAGUUAGCGUCUACUCCUCAGGAAAAUACAGCAAUAGCAGAGCCUUCCAUCAAUGGUAAUAUGACAUCUUAUCCAUCAGUAGCUUUCAACAACAAUAAUGAAAAUCUAUCCCAAUAACACGUUUAAUUAAGAAUGAACAAUUAGAAAAUUUGAAUCCUUUAGAAUACAUAUCAUAUUUUUUUUUUCUUUCUUUUGCAGAUUGAAUAAAACCAACCCGUAUUAAAUUAGACCUAAACGACUUAGUUUUAGACGAUCUUUUUCUUGCAUUAGUAAACGAACAAAACGCGUAUUUCCACAAUGUUAUGAACGUCAG